CAUCCUUUGAUGAGUCUACAGGCAAUGGAGGCUGCUGAUGUAACAUGGCUCCACUUUUAUACUACCGUGUUAUAUAAAGUGAUUUAUUUCAGUUUUAAUUCAAUCGAGGACUGCAGUCCACUAGUCUCGUCCUGCUGGAAGUUUACUUUUUAAAAAUUAACUCUUUUUCGCGAAUGUCAUUAUGGCUCUGUCCCAGAUUCAGUGUUUGGACGACAACCACGUAAACCCGCGGACUAAUGAGUCCAAGCCGGACUUCUUGUACAGCGAGGACCAGAGGCUCGCCCUGGAGGCUCUGCUCCGGGAAGGUCGCCAGUCGUUCGCCAAGUUCCUGGAAGAGCGACACAUGCGGGGCUUCCUCUCGGACCUGGAGCAGGAAACUCUCACUGGGACUCUGGAGCCCUAUGACCCCGGCUCGGAGCUAUUCCCGGAGGACGCCGAGGAAAACGAACCCCCGCUGUCGCUACACUACUGGCCGGACUUAUCGGACUUGUCUGUCCCGCAGAUGGACUUGGGUUGGCCGCAGUCUGAAUCCUACCGCGGCGUGACGCGCACCUCCGUGUACACGCAGCCACCGCUGGAGGGUCAGACCCACAUUAAGGAGAUUGUCAGGAAAAUGAUCGCGCAGGCGCAAAAGGUCAUUGCAGUGGUGAUGGAUGUCUUCACCGAUGUUGACAUCUUUAGAGAUUUGAUCGAUGCUGGUUACAAGAGGAAGGUUUCCAUUUACAUCCUGGUGGAAAGCACAACGUUACCUCAUUUCCUGUCCAUGUGUCACAGGGCCAACAUGCACGCGGGACACCUCAAGCAUCUUCGGGUACGAUGCACGGAGGGGUCGGAGUUCUACACUCGGUCCUGCACGAAGGUCAGAGGUCGUCUGGGCCACAGAUUUAUGUUCAUCGAUGGAGACAAAGCUGUAUCCGGGUCAUUCAGUUUCACCUGGAUGUCUUCACGACUGGACAAAAAUCUUGUCACCGUCGUUACAGGCCAGGCAGUGGAGGCCUUUGAUCAUCUGUUUCGCCACCUUUACAUGACCUCCAGAUUUGUAGAUCUCCGACAAGUCACCACAAACCCUGAGCCUGAGCCUGAGCCUGUACAGCAACCAGUCCCUGUAGUCGUUCCUUCCACUACUCUUGCAAGGAAAUUGUACAACCCAAAGUACGCUUUACUGAUUGGAGAUAAUGCAAGUACGCCACCCUCUGCAGCUGAAAAUAGCCCCAAAGAGUCACAGACACCGGAGGUCCCAGAUACAAAAAAGAGGCGACGAGGAAGGGGGAGUCAAGAACCUGCAGAAGAGCCCAUCCAUCCGGGACUUCUUAAUUUAGAGAAGGCUUGCUUGAUCUCAUACCUGCCCACCUGGCCAGAGCCUGACCCCCCAAGUGAUGUAAUCGGGUUCAUAAACAUCAUGGAUACCAGCAAACCGACUCAAGUGCAUCUGCAGCGCUCCGAGAGGUUUGAAACCAGUCAAGCAAUCCGGUUCAGCAGUCCUUUCAGCAUGCCUAAGGAAAUCCUGCCUGAGGUUGCUAGGCCAAGGGAGACAACUUUCAGAACAGACAAGACAAAUCCUCCACCAUCACAAAAUAGAAUCAAAGAUGAAGUGCCUGUAUAUGACAGAGUGCAACACAGGGAUCCCCCCAGUACCAAAGAUGAGAAACUGGAACUACAAUCAUUUGCAUCUCGUGCAUUAACUAGUCAAGGUGAUGGUCAGCCCAUGAAACACAUAGCCUCCCAAUUUGAUAACAAUGAACACACUAAACAAACAAAAAUGUCUACCGAGUACAGGACACACAGAAGGGAAUCAAACAAGACACAAGCCCAUCACCUGAAAAGCCGCAGUGAUUCAAACUCAGGAACAGAACACACACAAAUUAAAGCAGCAACGCCGCUCGUGCAAACUGUUCAUACAGAGCAAGGUAGCACCUCUGCAACUAAUAAUCCACACUCUGCACCUGUCAGUUCCACAUCCUUAUCUGACAGUAAUCCCAUUCCCACAACUACCAGUAUGGCUGCCAAUGCUCCUUUGUCAGCAAACAGCUCCUCCUUUACACUUCCUACUCUUACCUCCCGCUUUGAAACCAUCCAAUCCCACUUAUCCCCAUCCUCAUAUUCAAGCUCAAAUCCUGAAAACCUGACACCUCACACUGUCCAUUCGGUUACCAAAAAUGGCGACACCAGCGAUGGCCGGAGCAUGUUAAACACUAGUACUCUUAAGAGGCCUGAAAGCCUGAUCACAAAGAAAGCAGACGGCCCCAAGUCCACUGGAGAAAACAAGCAACAGAUAGCUGAAAUGCGGAAAAACAGCAACAGAGAGACUGGAGUGCAAAAAUAUGACAGAAAUAAGCAGGCUAAAGAAGCAGUUCGACUAGAUGAUGGCAAAGCAGGAACCUCGCAUCUUUCUAUUAACAAAAAACAAAGCCGAAUAGAGGCUACUUUUGCAUCAACGGGAGACAGUAUUUCUGAUGAGGUAAACACUGUAGACCAUGAUGGAGCUACAAAGCCACAGGCAGACCAUGGAGCCACAGGAGAGACUGAAAGCAGAGCUACAGCAAAACCAAUCACUGGUUCUAAGUCUGCACACAUCCAGAAUGAAAAAAACUCUGAGAAUAAAACUUACCACGUAAAAGAGAACAAACCUCAAAGAAUAUCUUAUUCUGAAAGACCUCCACUGAGUAUGUGGGAGAGGAUUCAGGCACAAACGGGUGAUCCAUCCAGCACAGAUGUCACAUCAUCACAGCUUUCUGAUAAUAUGACAAAUUCUGAAAAGAAGAAUGUCAGAAGAGCCUCCCAAGAAUCUGCCCAGGAACAAUCACUCUCUCAUGCACCUGAGACACCCCGAAAAUUACAUCUGCCAGAUAUCCAGUCAUCGGAAAGAGAAUCGCGGUCAACCCCAGAGUCACCUACAAAGACUCAAGACUUUCGAAACUCUAUGUCAGACAUGAGUGAUGGGUAUCUCUCAUCCAAUCGAUCCACAACUUCUGAAGAGUAUUACGAAUGUAGUGGCUCUCCAAACCAGGAAAAAGCAUUAUACCAUAGCCAUGGAAAAACAGAUACUCAUCUUGAUAACACACAUGCAAAUACUCCUAAUGCCGCUAACACCAGUCCAUUGGUUAUGGACUAUAGUCCUUACGCUGCUUUGUUUGGCACCAAAGACAAGCAUACCCCAAGUAACGAAACUCAGAGUCUUGAUAAGAAAGUGAAAAUGAAGAACAAGGAUGUGACAAAUAAAGACAGUGAAAUCAAAAAGAUGGAUGAAAAGGGUAGAAAACUGAGGUCAGAACGAGAUUCCAAAGGAAAAGAGAGGAGCAAUGGUGAGGAGUCAAAGACAACAGGUUCACCGAAGACUGUUGAGAAAGCAAAGGACACCAAAGCUCAAACUCCUAUGAGAAAACGGCCGUUGAAUCCGUCAACAGCAGAGACGUCAGUACACAAAGUAUUGUCAAGAACUCAGAGGGCAGGACCCAGCAAUGUGCAGAACAUAGAUAGCUCAGCCCGACAUGUUGAUGUUCAGAAGCCUAAAGCCACAGCCAAGCCCUCUCGUCCCGCCUCAGCCUCAGUGACCCAAGCAGAGAGGAAAGCGUCCCACAGCACUUCACAGGUCUUUGACUAUUUAGCAUCUUUUCGCAAGGCAUCGUUGGGACAACCACCUUCAUAAGCAGCUGCACAGGACAAGAUACUUGGGUAGAGCUGGAUAGUUGCAUCACCAACAGUUACCUUUAAAAGCCUGAACUUGCCUCAAUUCCCAACGUGCCAAAAAAAGCUAUUCGCAGCUCGGGAAAAACACAGACAAGACAAAUGUUCCAUUUGUUGUUUUCAUUGGCUGGUUGGACAACAAUCAAAGCUUGAAGUACAAGACAAGCCAGCUACGACCAGAGUUCUGCAAUCGGUGUAAAUUCUAUUUUCACAUCUCAAGCUAUCAAGGGACGGGUUAAAGUUGAAGGAACCCUCCCUAAAGACUCAACAGCUCCACCCCUGGUUGACCACUUAGGAGAACUAAUUGACUAGGAUUUGUGAAUAGAUGGAAUUGCUUACAACUUGUCCUUGUUGCACAUGCUCAUACUGUCUGACUCGUUAAGCAAGACAGUUAAGGAAUAAGAUGACACACCUAAGAGUCACUUUCAAUUAUGCCAAAACCAAAGUUUAUUGUACUGAGCACAAUUAGCCAAGACAAUUAGUUGUCUACCUGCUUGCAUCUCGGCAACACCCUCUCAGGAAGUCUGGGAACUCAUGUGCAAGUACUCAAGUAUAACAUUUGUCAGGUCAAAACCAUAUCCUGGAGAAGGUGGGAUUUGAUUUAUUUGGACAAGGUAGGGGUAAAAGUAGUAUUCAUUAGGGUUAGUUAGACUCUUCAGUCACUGUUGUAUCUCAGGCAGUGUUCACCUGUAGUUUAGUACUCUGGUCUGGACCAAAGUAAAGCUACAUGAUGUACACAUUUGGUCUUGUUUGCUUAGCAUUCACAGUGACAUUUUGAAUCAGCGGACUGAAAGUUGCCAAUUCAUAAGCCUAUGCAAAACGCCACAAACCGACUGGACCAUCUUUGUGGUAAAACUACCAUUUUCUGGUUAAGAUGCCGAGUUAUACUGUAUAUGCAGUAUAUACUGCUGUGCUGUUGCAUACGGGGCCAGUCUUGGUCCACUUGUUUGUGUGCACCAGGGUUUGUGUUCACACUGGACGAAACAAACCGCAUUACAGUCAUCCCUCGCCACUUUGCGGUUUGAAUUUCGCCGCUUCACUAUCAAAAAUAUGCAUAUUUGAUCAAAUUUGUUGUAUUCUUGGCCUAAAUUAAGCAUUCAAACAUAAAAAUUGCGAAAUGAACAAACAUACAAAUAUAAGGCAUUCAGAAGAUGUAAUAUGUAGUGUAAUAUCUGUGACUUGUGUGCGCCUUUAAGGAGCAGGACCUGGGAAGUGACGUGUGCCGUCAGCUCGCUGGAGUUGACUGUGUUUAGCUGAGUGUUAGCAGUGUGGAGAGAAGUGUCGUUGGUGGUGCGUGCGAGUGACUGGCAUGAGUUGUGGUCGACAGCAGUUCCUGUGUGAACGUUCACUGCAUUUGUGUUCUCCGCUUGUUAAUAAAGCGAUUAAAGUGCAUCGUGAGUCUCUCCUUAUCCACAAACAGCGGCAUUAAAAUCCUUGUGCGUGUAUUUGGACGUCUUAGCAUUUAUUAGCAUUUAAAUGAAACUGUUGCUUAGGUUGUUUUUUGAGGUCAUGGUUAUGCGACAAGGAUACAAUGUAAAUAUGGGGUUAUGUUGAAAUUUGCUGGCUUCUUCAUGAAGAGUUUUAGUGGUGGAUUAUUAAAAGAUAAUUUAUUCACAGUCCAUUCAAAAUAGCACAAUAUGAAUGGGAAUUCUGGGAAUGUUUUGCUGACUUUUUUUUUUUAUUUGAAUCCACACACUACUAGAUAUACACAUGGUCACAGCUACAAUAUCAAAACCCUUAGUACAGUAAUGGUUUUGUCCAUAUGUUACUGUCAGUAUGUCUGUCAUUAAAUCCAUAUACUCUCAGACCAAUUGUAAUAUUAGUAACAGUGACAGUAUUUUUAUACCUAAACAUUCAACCAAGAAUUUUUUUUUUUUUAGUUUUUUUUUUUUUUUUACUUUCAAGGAUUUAUUUAUUGUCCAGUCACAGAAUAUCCGUACAGGUAUAUACAGUUACAUUAUAUUUAUAUAAGCUUGACAAUAGGGCUCUUUUCCAUUAGACACUCAUUGUUCACUUUACAUUUAAAGUAUGUUUAAGUAAGGUGUGUUGAACAUUGUUACUCUAUUAUUGUUAAAAUAUACUAUUAUUUACAUCAUGUACAGUAAGUGACUGUAGAAUUAAAGUUACUGAUGUUUUUCAUGCUUUGUACAAAAUCCUAUUUAUAUUUAGAAUGUUCUUGACAGUAACAUAAAGUGAAAGGUAUCAGCAGCAGGACGUUCACAGUCUCCGUUUGCAGGACAAAUAAACCUAUUGAAGACAUCAAUGAAAUGGCUGAAAGGGUGUCAAUUAAUCACUAAAUGUAUUGUCCACCUGAAUACGUAAGGUCCGCACCCCAAACUGACGCUGCAGAAAAUUAAACAUUAUAUUACCUUUAUUAUAACAACUGAUGAUGACGAUUACACACACCGCCCUCAGAGCAGACUUGGCAUCUGUAAAGCUGAAGCUUACAGUGCAGUUUUUAGACAAAGUUUACCUUUAAGAAUCACAAAGCAUUCUGCAAACAUUUCAUAACUGACACCCUCAAAAAUAUGGACUGGAAUAAAUAAAAUAGGAUGGAGAAAAAAGGUUAGCGAGGAGUUUGUCCCGGAAGUAUCCCAGUCCAAGAGCAGCAAAAAAAAAAAAAAAAAAAAAAAAGAGUAUCAGUUUAUAUAGGCC